CUUAAUACUACAACAGCUUCCCUUUUCCAUGAUUUGCUCGAAUUCACAUAUUCCAAGCUUGGUUAUUUGAAGCAGACUUCAAGUUUUCGGCAAAAGAUAUCAUCAAACUGAAGAGAACAGUGAAAUCGAAAACAUCACAGUUUCCAACAGCCAGCUCGAAAUAGAGGAAACAUGUCCGGCAUAGCAGGCGACCUCCCCAACAUCAAGGCAGAGAACCUCCGCGACCUCAAGGCGCUGACGUUUGACGUCUUUGGCACGGUCGUGGACUGGCGGUCCUCGGUGGUGGACGAACUCACCUCCCGCGCAAAAGCCAAGCUGGCCUCUGCCACAUCCACCAGCGACGACAAGGGCACAAAAGAAAAGCUAGAAAAGCUCGCAACCACAAACUGGCCAACCUUUGCCCAAGAAUGGCGAACCUCGUACAUGCGCUUCGUGCGCGGCUACGUGCCAGGGCAGACACCCUGGAAAGACAUUGACGCGCACCACCACGACAGCCUGGUCGAGCUUUUGGGAACGUGGGGGGUAGAGGGCAUGUACUCCCCCGAAGAAAUCCGCGAGCUGAGUCUCGUGUGGCACCGUCUCCGGCCGUGGGCGGAUUCCGCGGAAGGGUUGCGCAGGUUGGGCGGGAAAUACGUCACCUCGACGCUGAGCAACGGGAACAGGACGCUGUUGGGCGAUUUGGAUACGUUUGGCGGGCUCGGGUUUCGGAAGAUUUUGUCGGCGGAGGAUUUCAGGGCGUACAAGCCUCAUGCGGCGGUGUACGACGGCGCGGUAGAGGUUUUGGUCGAAGGCGGUGGUGGGAAGGCGAGGGAGGUUGCGAUGGUGGCUGCGCAUUUGGGGGAUUUGAUGGCUGCUCGGGGACGGGGGAUGAGAACUGUGUAUGUUGAGAGGCCGGAGGAGGAGGAUUGGGAGGUUGGGAGCGAGAGGUAUGAGGAUGCCAAGGGGUGGGUUGAUAUUUGGGUUAAGGAGGGGGAGGGCGGGUUUGAGGAGGUUGCGAGGCGGUUGGGUGUUUGA